UUGGCCCCGGGUUGGGGGCAGGGGUGUUACUUGGGUUCCCAGGUUGGAAGAUUAGCUCACUCGGCCCUAGCUAUAUAAGCUGAUCAGAGGAGGGGGGCUCCCCAGGGCCGACUCAACGUUUCAUCCCCCAGGAGGAAAACAGACAGACGAACUUCAGGUCAACAUGAUGGUUCUGAAAGUAGAAGAGCUGGUUACAGGGAAGAAGAAUGGCAGUGGGGAUGCUGGGGAGUUCCUUCCUAAGGAUUUCAGAGACGGAGAGUAUGAAGCUGCUGUCACUUUAGAGAAGCAAGAGGACCUGAAAACACUUCCAGCCCACUUUGUGAGCCUGCGGGAGCAACAGUGGAAAACUGAGAAACAGCGAGAGGCAGAGCUCAAGAAGAAAAAACUAGAACAAAGAUCAAAGCUUGAAAAUUUAGAAGACCUUGAAAUAAUCAUUCAACUGAAGAAAAGGAAAAAAUACAGGAAAACUAAAGUUCCAGUUGUGAAGGAACCUGAACCCGAAAUCAUCACAGAACCUGUGGAUGUGCCUAGUUUUCUGAAGGCUGCCCUGGAGAAUAAACUGCCAGUAGUAGAAAAAUUCUUGUCAGACAAGAACAAUCCAGAUGUCUGUGAUGAGUAUAAACGGACAGCUCUUCAUAGAGCAUGCUUAGAAGGACAUUUGGCAAUUGUGGAGAAGUUAAUAGAAGCUGGAGCCCAGAUUGAAUUCCGUGAUAUGCUUGAAUCCACAGCCAUCCACUGGGCAAGCCGCGGAGGAAACCUGGAUGUCUUAAAACUGUUGCUGAACAAAGGAGCAAAAAUCAGUGCGCGGGAUAAGUUGCUCAGCACGGCGCUGCACGUGGCGGUGAGGACCGGCCACUACGAGUGCGCAGAGCAUAUCAUCGCCUGCGAGGCGGAACUCAAUGCCAAAGACCGAGAAGGAGAUACCCCCCUGCAUGACGCCGUGAGGCUGAACCGGUACAAGAUGAUCAGACUCCUGAUCAUGUAUGGCGCCGACCUCAACAUCAAGAACUGUGCUGGAAAGACCCCGAUAGAUCUGGUGCUACAGUGGCAGAAUGGAACCAAAGCAAUAUUUGACAGCCUCAAAGAGAACUCCUACAAAGCCUCUCGCAUAGAGACAUUCUGAGAAAAACGACGAUAGAAGCUUCCAUUGGCUGCUCUUCACCGCCCCGAAGAGCAACUCAUCAUGAAAACCAGCUUCUCUUUAUCAACCUGUUGUAAAGUGGCACCUAAUUAUGUUUUGAGAAAGCACAGGGACGUAGGUAUUGACAUUUCCCUUAGUGAAACCCACUCUAUUUAUUUGUAUUUAUUACUGUUUAUUUAUUUAUUUACUGCGAUACCACCGACAUUCAGAUCCUUCGUGAUCACCCAUUUGGAGAACAAGCUUAGUUUGUAUGGGAUGCGUCAGAGCCUCUUCCCAUAGGUAGCUCUUAAACCGUGUUAACCAGAAGUGCUGUCAGUGCCGACUUACGUGUCACCUCGCUCAUGGAAGAUGUAUCAAGGUGUUUUUGAAAGACAAAGGGGAUUAUUGCACCCCUCUUUUCUCCUGAAUUUUUCAUGCUGAAGUGUGAGGCCACGGAAAGCCUGUAGGGACAGGAAAGGAAACAGAAUGAAAGUGAUUCUGUGAGGACAGUAAACCCGGCCAUUCGACGCCUGGGCCUGGUAAUUCUUACUAGGUCACACACUGUACGUACCAAGGUAAAGAGAAUGUCUUGAGUGUAAGUGGAAGGAGCAGGCCGCUGGGCCGUGCAGAACUGAAUGAGUUCAAAAAAGAUGAAAGUAACUGCCAAUUGUAAAUGUGUAAAUGUAUAUUAUGCUGUAUGUAUAUUUUAUGUUCAUAAUAAAAGCAAAUCCUAACCCUC